AUGGCUCGACCAGCCUCGUCCCUUCAGCCUUGGGCAAAAUUUAUUGUCGAGGUUCCAAAUUCUUCCUGCUAUAAUGCAAAACUGUCGAAAGCGGAGAGGACGAUGCACGGUCCUAGACUUCACAUGCUUCAAGAAGAAGGUGCCAGUCGACAUGACAUGCAACUUGAGGGCCAAGCUUCGGUUGGUAGACCGGUUACUCUCGCGCGGCUUGACGGAUUGCUGGAGGAGCAUGACAUCAGUUUCUACAAAAAGCAACAUCGCAACUCGAACCUUGAUGCCCAUAGUAGCGAUGCGUUGUCGAGCUCUGUAAUAUCACCAUUGCAGCGAAACAAUGCCAUGACGACCACCAGCUGCAGCUGUGCCGACAUAUCUUCUACCAAAACGAGACCAGAAAUAUUGCAAAGGCCCACAAGUCCCACAAACGCAAUCCGAGCUCCUGCGUCGCCCGAGCUGUAUGCGUCGGAUGUAUCAAUGGUCGGUGCUGAGCUUUCUGAUAGCGAUGGCAACUCAAGACCGUCCAUUUUCGACGACAUGGUCACAUCAUCGAAACUCAAUCAACCCGCUACCGAGAAAGCAGAACCUGGAAGCCAUACCCUGUCAUAUUCCAACCCCAAUCAAUUAAUAGACUUUUUUUCUCCCAUUCUAACUCCAGGCCCGAUACGGAGACCGAGACGGAAACCGAAAUCUGGUCAUCAAUGGCGAGCCGUGGAAAUAUCUCUCUACCAGAUCCCCCGGUAUAUCGGCCAACAAGCCCAGCUUUCGACAUCUACUCGGCUACUAUGGGAAUCCACUACCACAGCUUGA